ACAGCAACAGCAAUCUCUUGUCACCGGGAAGACAACCGGAGCGAAGCGAGCUGGCAACGGAGAGAUGGUUCUGACGCACGUUGAGGAGCUCGACGAUGCCGCCGCCGCGUCGGCCGUCGUCUUCGCCUCGAGAUACGUCCAGGAGCCGCUCCCGAGGUACGAGCUGGGGCAGAAGUCCAUCUCCAAGGACGCGGCGUACCAGAUCAUCCACGACGAGCUGCUGCUGGACAGCAGCCCGCGGCUGAACCUGGCGUCCUUCGUCACCACGUGGAUGGAGCCCGAGUGCGACAGGCUCAUCCUCGAGGGCAUCAACAAGAACUACGCCGACAUGGACGAGUACCCCGUCACCACCGAGCUCCAGAACCGGUGCGUGAACAUCAUCGCGCGGCUGUUCAACGCGCCGGUGGGCGACGGCGAGAAGGCCGUCGGGGUCGGCACGGUGGGGUCGUCGGAGGCGAUCAUGCUCGCCGGGCUGGCCUUCAAGCGGCGGUGGCAGCACCGGCGGCGGGCGGCGGGGAAGCCCUGCGACCGGCCCAACAUCGUGACCGGCGCCAACGUGCAGGUGUGCUGGGAGAAGUUCGCGCGCUACUUCGAGGUGGAGCUCAAGGAGGUGAGGCUCCGGGAAGGGCGCUACGUGAUGGACCCCGACGAGGCCGUGGCGAUGGUCGACGAGAACACCAUCUGCGUCGCCGCCAUCCUCGGCUCCACGCUCACCGGCGAGUUCGAGGACGUGAAGCGCCUCAACGACCUGCUCGCCGCCAGGAACAGGCGCACCGGGUGGGGCACGCCCAUCCACGUGGACGCGGCCAGCGGCGGCUUCAUCGCACCGUUCCUGUACCCGGAGCUGGAGUGGGACUUCCGGCUGCCGCUGGUGAAGAGCAUCAACGUCAGCGGCCACAAGUACGGCCUCGUCUACGCCGGCGUCGGCUGGGUCGUCUGGCGCAGCAAGGAGGACCUGCCCGAGGACCUCAUCUUCCACAUCAACUACCUCGGCGCCGACCAGCCCACCUUCACGCUCAACUUCUCCAAAGGGUCUAGCCAGAUCAUCGCGCAGUAUUACCAGUUCCUCCGAUUAGGCUUCGAGGGGUACCGGAAUGUGAUGGAGAACUGCAUGGAGAGCGCGCGGAUCCUGCGGGAGGGGCUGGAGCGCACGGGCCGGUUCACCAUCAUCUCCAAGGAGCGGGGCGUGCCGCUGGUGGCCUUCACGCCCAAGGGCGGCGAGGAGGGCGCCUCGCUGGCGUUCCGGCUGUCGUCGGAGCUGCGCCGGUUCGGGUGGAUCGUGCCGGCGUACACGAUGCCGGCGGACCUGGAGCGCAUGGCGGUGCUCCGCGUCGUGGUGCGGGAGGACUUCGGCCGCCCGCUGGCGGAGCGGUUCCUGGCCCACGUGCGGAUGGCGCUGGACGCGCUGGACGACGAGGCCAGGGGCGGGCCCGUGCCGAGGAUGCGGGUCACCAUCGAGCUCGGCCCCGCCGCCAAGGGCUCCGGCGAGGAGGCCUCCGCCAGGGUCGUCAAGCGGGAGUCCGUCGUCGCGGUGCAGCGGAGCGUGUCGGUUGCCGGCGGGAAGACCAAGGGCGUCUGCUGAGCUGAGGUCGGUCAGUCGGUGGCCGGAACUCCCGGUGGUUGUACGCGUACCUGAAUAAACACCUGUCUGUGUCCACGAAGGCACUACUGUGUAUCUUCUUCGAUGGAUGAAAAAUUGGAAUGGAAUCGUCGAUCGUGGCGUCGUGAGUCGUGACACGAUUGGGA